AUGCGUUCAUUGAUUAUUUUGAGUUUGGCUGCCUUAGUUUUAGCUGCACCCGAAGGCUAUCACUAUCCCAAAGUACAGGAGGAGACAACAAAUGAAGUGCAAGACAAUGCAAAAACUCAAUGGAAACAGGAGCCAAUUGUAAACAAACGUUUUUACACUUACUCUGCACCCGAAGACGAUGAACCUGAAGUCAUCUAUAGAGAUAUUGUCCUAGGAGCACCACGUAAAAGUUACAAUGUUGUCUUCAUUAAAGCACCAGUGGCUAAACAACAAAAGGCUAAAAUCCGCAUCAUUCCUGCCGCCAAUGAAGACAAAACAUACAUUUAUCUUUUGGCUAAGAAAACCGAUGCUCCAGUACUUGAAAGCCAUGUUGAAGAACCUGUUACUACCACAGCCAAACCUGAAGUAUUCUUCAUUAAAUACAGAACAAAUAAAGAAGCUGAACAUGUGCAACAUCAUAUCCAGGCUAAAUAUGAUAACUUAGGUGGUAAUACUCAAGUCUCCAAUGAAGGAGUCUCCCGAGUAACUUCAGUUAUUGGCAGUUUGGAUGAAUCACCCAAAAAUACAUAUUUGCCUCCAGUUAAGCAUUGA